UAUUCUCUGGUUUUACAUGUCUGUUUUCGCUGUUUACUUCCGCCAAUAAAAAUGGCAACUUUGUAGCCCUUCGUGUUGUGUUUGUGCUUACAAAAACUCAGGCAUGCUAGAUAGCUAUUUAGGCCUCUGUCUUCCGUGGAGAUAUGGCCAUGUGGGAACACUAACCCUAUAAAGUUCCUCCAGAAUGCAGAAUGCCACAAUGGUUCGUCCUCUAUUUGGAGGAGCCCUGUCAGCCACCAUCCCUCACAGUGCCAAAGACAUCAGUGAGUUGAGGGAGAUUCCAGACAACCAGGAGGUUUUUGCCCACGACCACACUGACCAGAGCAUCAUCGUGGAGCUACUGGAGUUACAGAGCCAUGUCCAGAAUGGAGACGCUGCCAGGUACCACUUUGAGGAUGUAGCAGGAAGCAACAAGGCGUCGGCCCCAGGGACAUCAGAGGUCAGGGCUGUGGUGGCCCUUCCCAAGUCAGACCUUUCCCUGGAGGAGUGCAGCUCUGCCUUUCUACUCACUGGAACACAGUGUGUGGCCAAGUUCAAUGAGGAAGCCAAAAAUACAGUGACCAUUUACCUUGGCCUGUUCCGACUACCACAGUUCUCUACGGAUGUUCUAGUGACCUUCAACGACCCCCUCAGCAUAAGCCCUGGCAGCAGCAGUGCAGUGGGGAUAGGAGGAGAGCAGCAGGAGGACACAGAGCCAUGGACGCUGCAGGACUUCCAGCAUUUACUGCAGUCUCUCAGACUACACGACCCAGGCGUGUUUGGGUAGAAGAGGGCUCCAGGUCCAGCCCACCACAUCGCUUCAACAGACAUUCCCUUUACACUCAUCUCCAAUCUUUUUGUUCUCUCAAAGACAGACAUAAUGUAAUAUGCAAGUUACUGCUCAAAGUAAAAACCACUCAAGAUUGCGCUUUGGCUUUGGUUGUCUUCUCGUGGUAUAAUUUGUUUACUUAAAUUGUAUGAACUUUGCUUAUGCUGAUAUUAAACUGAACAAAAAUAUAAAACGCAA